GAUUCACUUGCACCUCAACCCUUGUGGGUUUAAAACAAAACAAAAACAAAGGGUCGGCACAAUGGCAGCAAUCCUCCAUGUUGUGCAGGAAUUAAUGCCGUAAUGUUUCCCCUCAGUUCCACCUGCAUGUGGUCAGUCCGCACGGUGAGAGGCGCACGGCGGGUGUAGCUGCUCAAACCCUCGUGUCUCUUGUGCUUAUCGAAACGGUGUGUUUUUGUUUUUUGUUUUUUUUCCUCCUGUGCUUACAGUCACAUCAAGAUGCACCGAGCACCUGCAAACGGUCCCGCAUAAAGUUUGAUACAUUGUUAAAAUGUAACCACAGAGAGUGUCUGUCACUACAGUGUUUCUCCGUUCAUCAGAGCGCUGGUGUUUUACUGAAUGUUAUACCAGUCUGUUACCACUUUCUGUAAACUGUAUAUCUUUUUUUUUUUAUCUGAUCACUCGCUGAAACAGCUAAAUACCAGUUUGGUGUGUUCACGUUUCACAGUGAAAGCUAGAUUUGCUGUUAUAUAUAAAAAAAAAACAUCCUACUUCCAGAGCACUCAUCAAGUUCUACAUUUCAAGUGUCCCUAUAAAUAACCUCUUAUCCAUUUCCUCCAUGACAAAUUAAGUUUGAAAUUGAUUGAAGAUGUGACAAAGCUGAUGGUCUGUGUAUAUUUGAGAAGUUUAACUGCUGUUCUCAUCAAUGAUGCUAUACCCCAGAUCUUUGAGUGUCCAAUCCUUUCUGGUGUGAUGAACAUGCACUCAUUCUGUUAUCGUCAUAGUGAAUAUAUGCAUUCUUUAAGAGCAUAUUCUGCAAUUUUCUUUUAAUUUUUUUUAUUACACAAAGCAUAUUGCAGAUCACAAGACCUCAAUUUUAGUGUAAAGUUGUGCGUUCUAGCCAGUUUUCCUCACACACUUAAUGCGGCUAACAUUUUGUCUGCCGUUGCACUAUUGACUGUAAGCAGUCGGUGUCUUGAUCUAAUGAGGGAGGAGCUGUGCUGUUUUCCAUGACUCUUGUUCUGCCUACUAAGACCUCUACCUUUGUCUAAUUACCUCCUUCAGAAGACUGAUUGUUUCUUCUUUUUUUUUCUUUUUUUUUUGAUUGUUGCUGAACAUUUGCACACUACGAUUUACACUGUUGUUGGAAAGCCACAUUUUAGAAAUGCCAUUCAGUAACUCUGUGACACUAGUGAUAUCCGCUUAGCACAGGAAUUGACCAUCACGCAUUUACUGAAUUCACUGCAUACAUUAUGACAGACUGUUUGAGCAGCUUUAACCUCAGUCGCAACAUUAAUGGAAUAACACUAAGCAAUGACUGUACACAAUUAUUAGAAAAAAUAUAUAUUAAUUUUAAUCAAGUUAAUCUCUAAGGAUGAAAUUACUUAAUGGGUUGCGCGAGAAUCUAUUGUCAUUCAAAGAAUCAUUCAAAGUAAAAUGUUUCCUUAUGGCCCCAGUGCCAUUCUUCUGCAGUUAUUUAUGACAAUUGUGAUAUGUUAAGCUAAUUAAUAUGUUAAUUUAACUGCAGAGUUAAGUCCUUAAUGUUAAAUACAGAUACAUUAGACCAACCCACCAGCUCUCCGUUUUAUGCAGUCUUCUUAUGCAGGACAGCAGACCUACUGCUUGUAAACGGGUAGUGCGUGUGUGCUUUUCGGUGUUUUUCCUAGACCUAGUGAAAUAAGUUUAUAAAAAUGGGACCACCUUAAAUUAUUUAAAUAAAUAGAAUCCAUAUAGGUUGAUCAUCGAUUGGGUUCAACCACAGUUAAAUUAACUGUCUAGAUGGGGCCAGCUAGUGACACUUUAGACGUAUUUAUAGCUGUCUUGAUGCACAAUAUUUAUGAAAUUACAUGUUUCAACAUAUUUUGAAAUUAAUUGCCAAAUAAUACAUCGUACUUCGAUACUAUGUAGAAGAAUUGAGCGCGUUUUGAAAGUGCUGUAGCUUCCCCUAGUGGCAGUUCAAUGGUACUUCAGCUCUUAUGUCUAAUGGAGUGUCGUGUACCUCCAUUUGUUGCGGUAACCACAGUACUAGUAAUCCUUCGGGAAAUGGUGACAAUCAAAAUUGUCCCUAAUCAGAAUUGACGGAGGUUUAUCCUAAUUUGUUUAAACGGCAUCUAUCAGUCCCCCGGACAAUUAUUACUUAUUAAAAGAAUCCAACGUUGCAUUCAAUGUAAAGUUUUGAUAUUUUCAAACUGCUAUUGCAGUAGUUCCUGCAGGGAAGGCUAGAAAUAAUAAAUAACAUCUAGAAAUAAUUGGAACGGUAAUUGCUGAAGAUGGUUUUUACACAAUAUAUUAGACGUUUACGGGGUAACAUUUUGCCCUCAAAUAUCUCAGAAAUCGUAUUUAUUUCACUAUACUAACUAAUAUCUAAGGCACUACAAUAACCGGCUUUACAUGCAGCAGUAGUUUUGAUGCGAGGUGCGCAUCUCCGUGAUGGAGCACGUGACUGCUGUUCAUCCUUGUAGCCUGACGUCAUGCUGUGGUCCUGUGUGGAAGUACUUUGGGGUGCGUACUAGUGGGUAUGCACUGCAGGCGCAGUUUAGCUGAUGUCCUGUGCUCGCUUGUGGUCAUGUGUUGUGUUUCAUCUGGAGCUGAGUCAAAGAGGAAGCCGUGUUUCGUUCAAAUAUUCCGCAUAAUUUAAUUUUCUUAAGGUUCCUGACCUAAAUGUGCAUGGCUUUAGCUGAUAAAAUCGCUCUAUUAGCCCUCAAACACAUGCAAAUGUUGACUGUAUGUUUCUUGGCGCGCGUUCUGGUGCUGGACGCCUGGGUGCGCGCACGCUGCUUCGUAAUAGCAUCAUGCGUGUGCACGUCGACAACGUCACCGCAGCUUUUUUCCUUCUAUUUUUUUAUAUAUCUGCUUCCGGUGUUAUGGCCGCUCGCAGAGCAGGGUGACAGUCAAAUGUGGGACCUGUGGAAAUGAGCGCGGGGUGUUUGGGCAGGAGUUUUAGAGGAUGGCUGUGACGCGGCUAUUUCGGGUGAUAGUCGGUCGGACAGCGGCUCGCGUGCACAGGAGGUACAGCCAGGUGUGCCCAGCUUCAUCUGAGCGACUGCGGAUCUUUGAGUCCCUCAGGGAUAAACGCUGCAGCGACAGCAGAGUUGAAGCUACAGGAACUCCGCUCAGUAUCCAGCUGGCUGAUGGCCGGACCGUGAAGGGAACAGCUGGUGUCACCACACCUCUCUUUGUUGCGCAGAGUGUGCGUGUGAAAGGAGCUCUGGUGAGUAAAGUGAAUGGGGAGUUGUGGGAGCUUGGGCGGCCCCUAGAGGCCGACUGUGAGCUGCACCUUCUGGGCUUUGACACAGAUGAGGGAAGACAGGUGGCAUGGCGGACAGGAGCCUGCGUCCUAGGUGGAGUGUUGGAGAAUGAAUUUGGGGCCGAGGUUUGCAGAGAAGGGGCGUCAGAGCUCGGGCUUUACUGUGACCAUCUACUACACACCGGUGCCUGGUCUCUGGGCGAUGUGGAAGAGAGAUGUAAGAAGGCUGCAGCCCUCAAGCUUCCUCUGUCCCGACUGGAACUGAACUCGGAAGAGGUCCGAGAGCUCUUCCAGAACAGCAUGCUGAGACUUCAGCUCGUAGAGGAGCAGAUGAACGGUCCCACCAUCACAGUCUACAGGUGUGGAGACAGCAUAGCGGUCUGCAAAGGCCCCCUCCUCCCGCACACGGGCUUCCUCAAAGUGUUCAAGACACUCCAGCUGUCACCUGUGACCCUGGCCAAUCAGACGGAGUCCUCCGGUUUGAUGCGUCUUUUAGGUGUGGCCUUUCCAAGAGAGAAGGACAAAGAGCAGUGGGAGAGGGAGCAGGAGGAGGCGAGGAGGAGGGACCACAGACGCAUUGGGACAGACCAGGAGCUGUUCUUUUUUAACGACGUGAGUCCAGGAAGCUGCUUUUUCUUGCCUAAAGGAGCCUUCAUCUACAACACCCUCACUGACUUCAUUAAGAGUGAGUACCGAAGGCGAGGAUUCAACGAGGUCGUGACCCCGACUUUGUACAGCACGGCAUUAUGGGAGCGCUCGGGUCACUGGGAGCACUACAGCGAGAACAUGUUCACUGUGACAGCAGAGGGCUCUCAGACCUACGCUCUCAAACCCAUGAACUGUCCUGCACACUGUCUGAUGUUUGAGCAGCGCGUCCGCUCGUGGAAAGAGCUUCCUCUGCGCUGGGCCGACUUCGGGGCGCUGCAUCGCAACGAGCUCUCCGGAGCGCUCGGAGGUCUCACUCGAGUACGGCGGUUCUGCCAGGACGAUGCUCACAUCUUCUGCACACCUGAGCAGCUGGAAGAAGAGAUUGGGGCUUGUUUGGACUUUGUGAGGAGUGUCUAUCAAGUGUUUGGGUUUUCCUUCCACUGCCUCCUGUCUACACGUCCUGCACCGUGCCUCGGGGACCCUGAACAGUGGGACAAUGCUGAGCAGCAGCUGGAGAGGAGUCUGCAGCACUUUGGUGAGCGCUGGGAGUUGAAUCCAGGAGACGGCGCCUUCUACGGACCCAAGAUUGACAUUCUGAUCAAAGAUGCCAUUGGCAGACAACACCAGUGUGCCACCAUCCAGUUGGACUUCCAGCUGCCCAUCAAAUUUGACCUUCAAUACGUCGGUGGGGACGGACAGUUGCGGAGGCCGGUGAUGAUCCACAGAGCAGUGCUGGGGUCACUGGAGAGAAUGAUCGCCAUACUGGCCGAAAACUUUGGAGGGAAAUGGCCCCUGUGGUUGUCGCCGGCGCAGGUCAUGGUUAUUCCUGUGGGGGGCAACAGUGAGUCAUACAGCAAACAGGUGGUGCAGCAGUUCAGUGAAGCUGGCUUCAUGGCUGAUUUGAAUGAUGAUCUGGGAGCAACCUUAAAUAAGAAGAUCCGCUCUGCUCAGCUCGCCCAGUACAACUACAUAUUUGUGGUGGGAGAUAAGGAGAGUGAAAGUGGAGCAGUGAAUGUGCGGUGCAGAGGGGGCGUGCAGCUGGGGAGACGGCCGACAGAGGAGGUGCUGACAGCCCUCACACGGCUACGAGACACCAGGAGCAACCUAGAAGAGUUCUGAUGAAAAGGUCCUCAGUAAUGAUGAGUCCCUGAUGUAGUAAGUGUUGUGGUACAUAUUCAAGCUGUUAUACUUGUUCAAAGCGAUGGAUGCUAAUAAUUUGUAAUAAAAGAAUAGCAAAUA